GGGAGGUGUCGCGUGCUACCCAUCUCUUCCUACUCGUGGGUCUUUGGUGAUGAUGAUGCCUCUCCCUGUGAAUCAUGCCAAACGGCAUACCAUUUCUCUUCCCCAUCCGCCAGUCCGUUUCGAUUCGUGUCAAAGUGGGAAGCUCACGUUUGACACGUCAAUAGUCGAGUCGGAGCAGCUACCAGCACCAGUAUCAGAUGUCAGGCUCUCAGAAUUUCCAGGCACGUGCCGCUCUCGUGGAAAAAAAGGUGACGCAAGCUUGUUUGCCCUGUUGGAUGGGAAAAGUUUUUUCUCAGUUCUCAUGGGGGGGGGCAUAACUUGGGUUGGGGAUAGCGGUGCAAGAACGAACUGAAUCUUCCCAGUGCCGGUACCAUAAUAUUAUCGACGUCUACAAUAACUCCCCACGGCAGGAAGGUGAUCGGUUUGAGUCCCGUUUAUCUACCGGGCACAGUCUUUCGCUUGCUUUACCCCCACUACGCCUACCGGUGUUUGUUUAGCUUCGGUAUUGCACAAUCUUUUCCCCUGUUCGGUCCGGUGUGCCGGUGGUGUAAUAGCCAACCGCAUCGACGCCUGCUUCCACAGUAAUUUUCCCCCCAGUUUUCCUAUAGGAUCCCGGUGCCCCUCUCUGUUGUGCCUCCCGCCCCUCCGAAUAAAUUUCUUCCCCCUUCCCCUCCCCUCUCCUGCCACAUCACAAACAUCCCACAGAACUGUUUUUGCACUCUUCCUUAACUUUCUGGGCCUACUCCUCCUGUUGUGCUUCCUCACGGCUCGCUUCGUCAUUAUCUCAGCUAUAACUCGUGAUGGGGAUACCCAGCGGAAAGGGUGAUCACCUUUGCGUACUCAUUCAUGGCUUAUGGGGCAACCCCGGACACCUCGAGUAUCUAACAACUGCUAUCCGCCAACGUUACGAUGACUCAAAAUUACAGAUUCUUGUGGCUAAGCGUAACUCCGGGACCUUUACUUAUGAUGGAAUCGAGCUCGGUGGCGAGCGUGUCACUAGGGAAAUUGAGGACGCCAUAGAGGAGUACGCUAGGAACGGGGUGGAGAUUCGCAAGAUUAGCAUCGUGGGCUAUUCUUUAGGUGGUCUCGUUGCCAGAUAUGCCGUUGGCCUCCUGUAUUCCAAGGGAUAUUUCGAUAGGAUUAGACCUGUGAACUUUUGCACGUUUGUAGCCCCCCAUUUGGGGGUCAGAACCCCGCUGCUGGGUUGGCAUAACCAUAUCUGGAACGUUAUCGGUGCCCGCCUGUUAUCUGCUUCCGGCCGGCAACUGUUCGCUAUAGAUAAGUUUCGGAAUACAGGAAGACCCUUGCUUUCUAUCCUUGCCGAUAAGGAUUCCGUGUUUUUCAAGGGACUUGAAAGGUUUCAGAAUAGGGUCCUGUACGCCAAUGUUGUCAACGAUCGUGCGACGUGUUAUUACACGGCAGGUAUCUCCCGAUUCGAUCCAUACGCAGCCCUACCGGAUAUCUCGCUCAAUUAUGUUCCCGGCUAUUCCCCAAUUGUCCUCGAUCCUGACAGCCCGAUCUCGCCGGCGACCAGGGAAGAAGAUGAAAAACUUCCCGUUGCGCAUCGAAUUAGCAGAACUACUCACGUAGCCAUGCGGUUGCCAAUGGUGCUCAUAUACACGAUUGUCAUUCCGAUUGGGAUGUUAGUAUUUCUACUCAAUUCCCUCAUCCAGACGGUGUUCAGCAGGAGACGGAUCAGGCUUCACUCUAGCGAUCAGUUAGGUUACCAUAGGCUUCCACUUUUGGUCGAGGAGAUGCAGGAGGCUGCCGAAGGGCUCAUCGAGGACAUUCACCACGAGAUGAUUCCGCAACAUCUGACGGAUAUCUCAGAGGAAAGUGUUGGCGAGAAACUCGUCAACGCGAUCACGCCUCGGAAGACAGUCCCUAGCCAGGAGGUUGCUGAAGAUUCUUCGGUAUUGAUUACUCUCGUAGACGGGACGAGUCGACCUGUAGAGAAUGCUUCUGGUGAUUCUGGUGUACCGCCACCAAAGAGCGCACCCGCACCCCAGACAGUUACAGAAAAGUUGCCUCCGCUAGCGCAAGGGAAACUUGAAUUUCCUACGCUCGCUCUAUCACACCAGCAAUUUGAGAUGAUUGCCAACAUCGAUAAACUCGGUUUCAGGAAGUACCCUGUCUUCAUACAUAAUGACAGGCAUUCUCACGCAGCGAUUAUUGUCAGAAAGCCAUGGGCAAAGAGGUGGGAUGAGGGGAGGGUUGUGGUGGCGCACUGGCUCGAUAAGGCCUUUAUUGUUUAACUUUCCGACAAGUAUGAAUGGUUUGGAAAUUGGGCGUUAUGGGAGGUCAUUUCACGCCCACGCCUUUGCAUUUCUUUCUUUCUUUUAGCCCUUUUGUCAGUGGCCCUUGAGAAAUUGUUUGCGGUUCUGGCUAGAGUUCGGAGUUGGUGUCGAUGGGACUGUUUGAACGAUGUUAGAUACCGCGUUGAAGAUGAAAUUGAAGCUGAUUAUCAAA